AUGUGCCAGGGGAUUCUGGGUGCAAUGUCAGCAAGAGAUUUAGAUUGCGUCCACCUCCAACUAUAUAAAGACUUAAAAGAGCGACAGAAAAACGGGCAAACUAAGGCCUCGCUGUCCCUCCAGCAGUAUCUCGGUACAGAGUCUGGUUUCACGCUUGACAAGGAGUCCAAUACCCUGGCCAUAUUGUGUGAAGACGUGGUGCCUGUGCUCGCGUUCGACACCAGAGAGGGACUUAUGCAGUGGCGUGUGAAGGUUCAACACAACCUCGGCAGCAGCAAGGAGUUUGCCGCCGUCAUCAUAUCAGCGCCAACUGCUGCCAACAUUAGGGCUGGCCCUGUUAGGUUGCACGCUUGCGGGCCAAGACUAGCGCUGUGUGCAUCCCGCCCUCCUGAAGUACUCACGCUUUGGGACGUCAAACUACUCAGACGCUACGGUGUGGUAGAUAAGCGGUUCUGCGUGGAAGGUGGCUCUAGGUGCGGUAAGGGAGAAGGGCUGUUCAUCUUCGCGGCCGAGGGCGGCAGGGAACUUACAGAACUCCUCAAUGUUUACAGUCAUGAAGCACAGUCCAGGCUUAGCAUAGCUUCCAGAUGUGGUUCAGUUCUGGAGAAACGCUUCUCAGACGCGAGUUCCUGCAUGGAUGAAUGUUUCCACCCAUCUCUGCGUUCCGUGUCUCCAUCCUGGGCUGGACCGGCGAGUCAAACGAUGCACUGCCUGUCAGACCUCGACGCUAGUAUGGACAGCAACGACGACAAAUUCAGGAGGCCGACGUCCUUGCCAAGAUGCGCCAGUUGUACUGGGAAGAUGAGUCAGUUGACGAGGUCUUCAACGAUGGGUACACCUGGCUCAUUAAUGUCUCCAGUAUGGACUAUGGACAACAUAAUAGAGAAGCGUUCAGAUUCUGACCGCGUGUCCAUCUACUCUCGAUCAAGCGGAAGUGCCUCAGAGUACAGUGUGCCACGCAGCUCAUGCCUUCUUGACAAGAGUUUUGAAUCGUCGAAACGAGGGAGCCCCGUGGCUUGCUGUACACCAACAGUGCCUGCUAAAACCGGUAGUAAUUGCCAGUGUUGGCAACAGAAGCCAUGCUGUUGCAGGAAAAAGUCUUUCAGUGGUCCGUAUGAGAAUUAUGAUGUCCCGAAGACACCUAUGCCUUUAAUACAGGAACAUCCAGUCGAUUCACACACAGACCCAUCAAGUAUAUACGACACACCAAAGAAACUAAAAUGUCUGAUAAAUGGUCAACCAUGUUCUUGCACACAUAACACUGAAAGCAACAGCAACGAUACCCAACAGGCAGACAAUAACAAUCAAAGUGAUACUAGCAUUAAUAAUAACGAAGAACAAUCAAACUACGUAAACGUAACGCCAAUAACCAAAAAACCAAUUCCAGAAAUUGACUUUGGCAACUAUGCUAAUAUAGACCUUACAACUCUGGAGAAUUUUGAGAACUCCUUACAAAUUUUAAGAAGUGCCGGCUUCAGUCAAGAAGAACUAGACGCCUUAGAAGACAUUCCUGAACAUGAAGAUGAUAUUUCCACAGCCACCACGAACACUGUUCAUCCAUCUACAGAAUGUUGUAACGAACAUUUGAACUAUAUGCACAUGGAACCGUUAGAAAUUAGCAUUUCAAGUAAUAGUAACAAAAACUAUUCAGAUAAUGUGAGCAGAAUAAGUCAUGUAUCAGAUCCGACUCAACACUCAGAGUCUGAUACAAUUAGCACGCGAAGAUCGAGCUCCGCCGACUUCACUAAAAGACACGAUGACGAAUAUGGAAUACACAGUCAAAUAUGUUUCACACCUACUGUCUUAAGAAAGGCAAUUAAAAGCGAUAGAAUUAACGAAGGUAUGCAGAUAAGCCUUGAAAUCAUCGAACCCAAAGACAAAUUUAAGAUUCCUGAAUCAAAAACUGAAAAUAUGCUUGUCACGAAAUUCAGAGAUGCUGUCAAAAUAAGGCGUUCCUCAAGCGUUCCAAGUAAAUCGGAAAAGAAUAGAGAUUCGUCCAGUUCGAACGAUUCUGGCGUUUCGACGGGAUCUCUGAAGCAUCACAAGGGCGAUUUUAAUGAAUUCGAAAUGCCUAUAACGAGUUCAAAGUCAACGAAGAAGCAUAUAAAGAACAGUAAGCAGAUGAGAAUGUGUCUGACGCCGGUGCACGCGUUCGUCAAGUCAAAUUCAUCAGAUCCCUUGAAGAACUUGACAUUUCAGUUUGAGGAAGUGGCCACUUUAACGAAAGCAAACUCCUGCGAUGUUGAUACAUUAACGAGACGGAAGAAGAAACCUGUGAUGGAGCAGGACACGAUGGCCCGCCACAGCCAGCUGACGUCGAGCGGCGCGUCCGACACGUCGGACUACAUGGAGUCGCUGUCGGUGUCGUCGUUCAGCAGCUCGUGCGACGCGUCGGCCGAGCGCCACGCGGCGCGGCCGCGCUCGGGCCGCGAGUACGCCAGCAUCGACCGCGCCGCGCUCGCCGCGCACCCCUAG